AUGAGUUCCUUCAGCUACGAGCCGUACUACUCGACCUCCUACAAGCGGCGCUUCAUGGAGACUCCCCGGGUGCACAUCUCCAGCGUGCGCAGCGGCUACAGCACCGCGCGCUCCGCUUACUCCAGCUACUCGGCGCCCGUCUCCUCCUCGCUGUCCGUGCGCCGCAGUUACUCUUCCAGCUCUGGCUCCUUGAUGCCCAGUCUCGAGAACCUCGACCUGAGCCAGGUGGCCGCCAUCAGCAACGACCUCAAGUCUAUCCGCACCCAGGAGAAGGCGCAGCUGCAGGACCUCAACGACCGCUUCGCCAGCUUCAUCGAGCGCGUGCACGAGCUGGAGCAGCAGAACAAGGUCCUGGAAGCUGAGCUGCUGGUGCUGCGCCAGAAGCACUCCGAGCCCUCCCGCUUCCGGGCGCUGUACGAGCAGGAGAUCCGCGACCUGCGCCUGGCGGCGGAAGACGCCACCAACGAGAAGCAGGCGCUCCAGGGCGAGCGCGAAGGGCUGGAGGAGACCCUGCGCAACCUGCAGGCGCGCUAUGAAGAGGAGGUGCUGAGCCGCGAGGACGCCGAGGGCCGGCUGAUGGAAGCCCGCAAAGGAGCCGACGAGGCGGCUCUCGCCCGCGCCGAGCUCGAAAAGCGCAUCGACAGCCUGAUGGACGAAAUCGCCUUUCUGAAGAAAGUGCACGAAGAGGAGAUCGCCGAGCUGCAGGCGCAGAUCCAGUACGCGCAGAUCUCCGUGGAGAUGGACGUGUCCUCCAAGCCCGACCUCUCCGCCGCGCUCAAGGACAUCCGGGCCCAGUACGAGAAGCUGGCCGCCAAGAACAUGCAGAACGCCGAAGAGUGGUUCAAGAGCCGCUUCACCGUGCUGACCGAGAGCGCCGCCAAGAACACCGACGCGGUGCGCGCCGCCAAGGACGAGGUGUCCGAGAGCCGCCGCCUGCUCAAGGCCAAGACCCUGGAGAUCGAAGCGUGCCGGGGCAUGAACGAAGCGCUGGAGAAGCAGCUGCAGGAGCUGGAGGACAAGCAGAACGCCGACAUUAGUGCUAUGCAGGACACAAUCAACAAAUUAGAAAAUGAAUUGAGAACCACGAAGAGUGAGAUGGCGCGAUACCUGAAGGAAUACCAAGAUCUCCUUAACGUGAAGAUGGCCUUGGACAUCGAGAUUGCAGCAUACAGGAAACUCUUGGAAGGUGAAGAGACCCGACUCAGUUUCACCAGCGUGGGAAGCAUAACCAGCGGCUACACCCAGACCUCCCAGGUCUUUGGCCGAUCUGCCUACAGCGGUUUACAGACCAGCUCCUACUUGAUGUCCGCCCGCUCCUUCCCAACCUACUACACCAGCCACGUCCAGGAGGAGCAGAUCGAGGUGGAGGAGACCAUUGAGGCUGCGAAAGCCGAGGAAGCCAAGGACGAGCCCCCCUCUGAAGGAGAAGCUGAAGAGGAGGAGAAGGAGAAGGAAGAGGCUGAGGAAGAGGAGGCAGCUGAAGAGGAAGAAGCUGCCAAGGAAGAAUCUGAGGAGGCCAAGGAGGAAGAAGCAGGAGAAGGAGCUAAAGUUGAAGAAGGAGAAGAAACCAAAGAAGCUGAGGAGGAGGAGAAAAAAGAUGAAGGUGCCGGGGAGGAGCAAGCAGCCAAGAAGAAAGAUUGAGCCCCCCUUUCCUUAAUUAUUCCAGGAAUAUUCUCCUGAAAUCAGGUCAAUCCCAUCACCACCCAACCAGUUGAGUUCCAGAUACUAUAUGAAUUAAGAAGUCAAUACAUGUAUAAUUCUGAGGUGACUCAGGUUGGACAUUCAAUGUUGUGCUAUGACUUUUCUCCUUAUGCAGAGUAUUGUUUGCUUGCAGAGUGGCUUCCUGGCUUGCUGCCAGCCUGUGCAUGGUCCACGCUUCUGAGUUCAGGAUCUAUGGCAAUGUGAAUAAUUCAGAUGUUUACAAUAAAAAAAACACUAACAUGAAUAAAUGAAUUCACUAAUGUUAAUGUUAAACUUCAUGGAAAAAAUAGUCCUUUGAACCUUUGGUGGUUAGAAAUUAAAGACCUCGAAUUAUGUGCAAUAAAUAGUAAAUAAAGUUACACUGAAUGACAUUUCUUGCUGUGGUUGUUGACUUAAUUAAAAUAUCUUAAAGAUGGCACCAAUAUAAGUCAUAUACAAGUGGACUAUUGAACUCCAAUUCUUGUAAGUCAAAAUUUCAACCAUUACAAUGCCUUUUUCUCUCUUAAUUGGUAAUUGGAGGGAUGCAGUUAGGUCAUGACCAUUCAUGAAAUCUCUGCCCUCAGAAAUGUUACUGAUAAUACAUUUGAGUGAAUAGAGUCUCUGACGCUCUUUUUCUCUUAUAAAUAGCAAUAAACUUUGCCCAAUAAAAUCUUCUAUAUAAUGUUGGGAAUGGCUUUGUUGGAGGUAAUUCUGAAAUUAUGUGAUAAAUAUAGCCUUUAUGGUAAACAGGUAACUUUAACCCUAGUAUAUAACAAUGAAUGCAAUAUUGAUAGAUUAUGAAUCUCACUCAUCCAUCACUAGAACUACAUUUAAAAAAUAUAGUCUAAAUAUUACGGGCAGAAGUUAAAACCCAAGCAAAUGAUAUAAUCAGAAGGAGUAAUUUUUUUAUCAAUGUGUAAUUUGGGAUGGAGAGAGUAAGAACAUUGAAGGGUAUUUGCUAUUGCAAACAUGUUGCCUGCAAUCCUGAGCUCAUGAUUCAGUGUGUUGUUAGCUUAAUUCUGUUGCCUCAAGUAAUGCCACCCAUCUUAGACCUCUUAAAAUCUGUGGAUACAGAUAAUGAAAUUGUUAUGAGUCACUAAAGGGGGGAGAUUAUAUACCUGUUUGUUACGUUGCCAUUGCUCUGCAUGUCUUUAUUGGGAAAUAUGUGGAUUUCAGUGAUAGCUCUAACUGGUUGGACAUUGCAUCAAAUACAUACCUGUCCAUCCUCCCCACCCACUGUGAAGUUAUGAAAGCUCUUGCACUUGCACUUGUUGUGGAAUGUGGAUGAAAUUAUUGAUUAUCUGCUGUUCUGCUUCUGUUCUUACCCAAUUGCUUUGUCAACUAAUUUCAUUCAAUAUUUGUUCUUUAGACAACUUUUAAAAGUCAUGAAUUUAACCUGAAAGCAAAGUGAUCUCGUUUAAAGUUAUCUGAUCUCUUCACAUUGCCUAUUCUAGUUAAAUAUAUGUCACCAAGCAAGUAGGUAAAAUAUUUCUUUAUCUACCAUGAUGCUAUGGAUUUGAACUAUGAAGAUUCUCAGUACAUCUGCUACUGUAAAGACUAGGUGUUGCCUAAGAAACCAAGCUUUUCACAUUUAUGUUCAUUAAAUAUGGAUGAUGCACAUGGUAAAUCUCAGAUGCAAAUUACAUGUAAAAAAGCUACUUUAGCCAAAUGGGAACAGCUGUGCGUUUGAGAAUUACUUGAAGUAAGAACA